AACGUGCUGGGCAAUGUGGCGGGCGGCGGCAGCGGCCGGAACCUGAUGACGGCCACCGAGGUCGCCGUGGAGGUCGUGGACCGGCUCACGGAGCAGCAGGCGGGUCGCGUGGGCGUGCCCGCAGACACACUCUUUCCCCUGUGGCCGCCAGUGCGCACACGCAUCCUCUCCGCCGCCGCCGCCUCCGCCGCCUCCGCCGCUUCGGCAGCAGCGAGCGGGACUGCCGGCGCCACUGGCAGCAGCGGCACGGCGGCGGCGGCGGCGCCGGCGGCGGCGCAGGACAGUGUGGAUGAGCUGGCGGCGGCGGCGGCGGCGCGGCAGGCGGCGGCGCUGGCGAGCAUGGAGGAGGGAUCGGGCGUGGAGAGCAAGAAGACGGAGCCUGUCAUGGCCAGUGUGGCCUAAGGCAACCGUGUGGGUAAAGCCGUACGGCGAAAGUGGCGUAAUAAGCGGAUGGGAAGGUGAGCAGAGGUUAAAGGCUAACGCCAUUUCCGGGAACAGCCGCCACGCCAGCGGCAACAACCGCAACAGCGGGCCCCCAUUUUUGUAUAUGAUUUGUUUUGUGAUCUGUUUUGUGUCUGGUUAAGUUAGAGCGUUGAUUCUGUCCUCCUGACACGUCGUGCCCUCUGGUCCCUUUGCGCUUAAAGGAACCGCGAGUCAUGGCGUGAUGUGGUUGGCGCAGUGGCAGCAGCAGUUUUGAGUGGUGACCGGUGAGCUAUCGAGCUAGUUGAUGCAAGUUCGCUGGGACAAAGCGUUACCUUGACCGGUGUAGCUUUCCAAAGCGUCACGAGUGUGUUCUUUUGUUUUCAUCGUGGGAGCGAUGCAAGAAUGCAGACGUGGGCACACGCUUGGGUGCGUGUACGGAUUCAGAGUUGCAGAGCAGUGAGACGAGAGGUGAAGUGAGAGGCCAAGGUCGUGAGGGUGUGUGUCAAUCUUUGAGUGAGUGCGAGCGAGUGUUCCAAGGUUGAGGAUUGUGGCUUUUAGUCAGCCCCGGAGUGUGGACUCUUAUCAUGGAGACGGGGCUGGACAUUGGGAGAGGAAGGCUAUCUGGGCUCACAGAGGCAGUGUCACGUCACAAUUGCAAACCGUCGUUGCCAUCUUUCUUCCUUCGCCCCUUGCUUCGCACCGCGGCCCUGAUACGGUAUGUGUGGGAAGUGGGAUGGGUUUCACAGCCGUUCGGACUUCGGACUGCGUGCCUGCAUGGAGGCGGGGGCGUGGCGAGAUGGAUGUUUAGGGCAUGGAGGACUCAUGAAUUGCGUUCGAUACAAGGCAAUGCACAUAAAACUUU